AUGACGGCGCCAAAAAAAGCUCUCAAACCUGUCGCACCGGUCCCAAUCUCAUUGGUGGAAGGGGCUCUUGACCACUCGCAUUUCUCUGCGUCUUCACACAUCACGGACGUUCUCGUUGGGGAGUAUCAUAACAUAUCAGGCGAUGGCCUUUCGGCUUCCUACAUCGCAUGGUCGAUCCGGAUUGUAGUAGAUGAUGCUAUGCAUUCUCUGAUUCUAAUAUACAAGCGGUACAGAGAUUUGGAGGAGUUGCGGCGGAAAUUGGCCAAGGCGUUCUCGAAUGAAGACAUUCCAGAACUACCGCCAAAAGAUAACUUGAGUGUUCAAAGAAUCUGCGGACUGGAUCUGUGGCUAGAACAUAGAAGAAAGGGCUUGCAGUGGUUUCUUACGAAUGUGCUCUUGAAUCCUAAAUUCCAGCACCACGAGAUCAUUACUGAUUUCGUUUUGGGCUGA